CAGCAAUGGCCAGCGAAGGUAUUGUAGUAUAAAUUGAAGCUGGCAUCCAGCUUUGUAUUAUUAUUUUCUUGGUUUAAUCACUCUUCACAGCUCCCAAUUCACUAGGAUCCCUUCUUCCACUCUUUUCAUUGAUAUUUACGAUGAACUCCCUCAAGCACUUGUUGGUCCUUGGUGCCAUCACCACGGCCGCAGCCAAGCGCCAUCAUGCGUCUGCUAACGGAGACAGCAACUGGUGCGGCGCUGUGGAAAAGACCGCUGUUACCUACGUUGAAGGCACCUGGAAGGUUCCAAGUGCGAGCCUGCCACCCAAUGGAGACUCAAGCUUGUUCUAUGGCAACUCUCAGUGGGUUGGAAUCGAUGGUUACGGCAGUGACUGUGGCCUGUUUCAAGCCGGUACAUCUAGCUAUAUUGACAACGGCCAAGUUAGCUACCAUUCGUGGAUGGAAUGGUUCCCCAACGACAACAUAGACCUCGACGUGGAGGUUUCUCCUGGUGAUGAAAUCUACGUGGCAAUCCAGGCCACAUCCUCGACCGCCGGAACCGUGUACCUCGAAAACAAGACCACUGGGCGCUCAACCAACCAGAAACUCACCUCGACUCCCAAGCGGGCCCCUCUUUGCUUUGAGGCUGUUGAAUGGAUCCAAGAAGAUAAUGGCGUGCCUCAGAACCCUUACCCCCAAGUCGACACCUUCUCCAUGACGGGAUAUGCCAAGGACAGCAAUGGCAACGUUGUCCAGCUCAACGAUAACGCCAUUCAAUUGAAUGGUACUAGAAACGGCGUGCUUCAGUGUGUGCCCUCCAUCAGCGGACACACGGUCACUUUCCAGUACGAGGGCUCUGGUUAAGCUGAUUGCUUCGAACCACCAUUCGGUCAAUAUCUUCCAUUGAUUUUGUGCCGAGACACCUCGUAUAUAUCAGUUCUACGUUAUAUAAUUCUAUUUAUAGUACAUUUAAAUUCUAUUAUAUAUACCCAUA